GGCCAGUAAGGUGAAUGGUGUCACGGGCACCGAAAGCUCAUUCAGGUACCAAGCGCCAUUAUUAUCUACCCUUUACCUUCCUCCAGGCAAUCAGACAAAGAUGACGCUCGCCGAAGGGACGAUGCUCCUAUGGAUCACUUUCGGGUUUCUUCCUGUUGUUACUCCCUCUUCCCACUUCCACUCCCUCAUAUGCGCUCUUCCCACUAUGACAGUGCCCCCUGAGACUUCCACUUGCGCCCGGUUACUAUCGAAUUUUUAUUUCAAUCCAAUGACAGUUACCUUCUUCAUCAACCACAAUCGCAGAUGGCCCGACCGUAACGGGUUUGUACACAGCUUACUUUCACGUGCACAGACGCCCAUGCUUGUUGCCUGGUGAACCAGGCACUACUCGAUGUGAGUUAGGUAUACAAGUACUUAGCAUCAAGAACCUCAGUGCAGUCAGUUGGUCACGAGCGGAUACGGAAUGCACAUGAGCUGAACGCUACAAACAUAUUAUACAUUUUAACAGGCAGGCAAAGUUGCUGUCUUUAUUCCU